UGAGGAGAGCACGCGCUGCUUGUUAGUGUCACUGCGCAUUCGCGCUUAAACCGCUUUUUGGGUUGGACAUACGAGUAUCAGAUCUGCACUGGGAAUGCAUUUUUUAACGCGCUGUCUGUUACUUUGUUGCUUUUUGCCGUAUAUGGACGCCGGCUACGAUAUGAUUGGACCCGUUCAGAAUCUGACGGCGCUCUUACAUGCCCGCCACAAACGUCAUUUGACUUUCGGAAAUGGCGGCUCCAUUCGUUUAGUUGUGGGCCCCGUCUUUCCAGUGGCCCUGGGCGAUAAGAAACCCUGGCGUGGUAUCCUGAUCUUAUAUAACAUCCAUCUGGGUAUUUACACGCUGCCCUCGGAGCCGAUCCAUCCAUGGGAUAAGUGGGAGGAGAUAUUCGCGCGCUCGCUUCAACGGAGAAUACAAGAAUUGGAUGUGAUGCAAGAAGAUGAAACGCGUCUAUAUGCCUACAUAGCUUUGGAGCACUAUAUGGACCAUAACCAGUCGGGAGGCCCUUCUGUGGGAAGACGGUGUAUGCUGCGCUCGAUUUGUGAGAAUGCACAAAUUCAUCACCAUGUGGGUCUUAUGGCUGAGUUAUUAAAUAUUUUGCUGACACCUGGCAAGACCCGCAUUGAUGAGGAGUAUAAGGAGGCCUAUGCCGCUGGUUUGGCGGGCGUCGAUUGUCUUGAACAAUAUUCCGAGUGCCCGCGCGGUCAAAGCGUUUUCGAUCACUUCUCAGUGGAUUAUUGA